CAAUGAUGCCAAGAAAUCGGCAUCGUUAUUCUUUUAUCUUAAUCCACUGCCAUUAUAACGUGGACCGCACUAUAGAAGAUAGAGAAUGGCUAUAUAGCUCGCUUUCACUUCACCCGUGUAGAUGACUGAGCAAGCCACUUGAUGAAAGUAUGACGCUGGCAUAACUGUGAUUGCGUGGUUGUUUUGAUUCUGCUUCUGCUUUCUGUUUGUUUUCUGUUGUCACUUGUGAGAUUGUGAUUUUGAUGUGAUCUGUGAAGUAUUAUUUUAUAAUGUCUUCUAAAACCAAAGAUAAUGAAAAUAAGCCCAUCAAAGUCAGUAAUAAAUGGGAUGGAUCAGCUGUGAAAAAUGCUCUUGAUGAUGCAAUCAGAGAUAUAUUUACGAAGAAAUUCAACUAUGACGAGAAUUUUGCACUUUUGGAUGUAAGGCUGUUGAUCUGUGCACUCGCUGUAGGAGUAGCAAUGUUCACAUUGCUCUGGGAUUGGCUGCACCCUUUUCCACAAUCUAGACCCGUUUUGAUCAUCUGUGUGAGUCUGUACUUUUUCUUGAUGUGCGUCCUUACUGUGUACACCUCAUACAAAGAGAAAGGAAUUUUCGUCGUCUCAGUUCAGAAGGAUCCAGUUAGUUCUGAACCAGACAAUGUAUGGGAAGCAAGCUCUUACCUAAAGAAGUACGAUGAUAAAUACCACCUGGUGCUGACAUGUCAUGAUGGAAAAACCGGAAAUAAACGAGAAGCAUCCCUGGUCAAGUCAGUUGCAAAUUUCAUUGAUGAGAAUGGGACACUGAUAGUUGACCUGCUGGAACCGGAAGUCUCCAGGCUUCAUUCCAGUUUAUUACAGGACAGGAAAGAAAAGUAGCUGAUUUUGUAGAGGCCACUUCUCUCUGAAAGCAGGAUCGCAUCGCACAUCUUUAACAUUCCUAACAAUAUCUUCUCAGCCGACUUCAUUUAAAACAUAUUUAUACAAAGACGUGAUUUAAUAGUAUAUUUGUGUGCAUAAUAGAUAAGUGGAACAUUUUUUCAGUAUCUUUCUCAAUUUGUGUCAUGUGUGUACGUAGUGAUAAACCAAUAGAAUAAUCUAAUCAUUGGAACAUUUUACACUAUGAACAGAGCUGUGGAAUUUCUCCAGGAGUUGUUGUAAGUUCCACAUACUUUGUUUCAGCCAUGCUAACGUUAGACUCAGUCUAACCAAAAAAGACCACUGAUAAUGUUGCCUCAAGUAAAUUGAAACUUUAGUUUGGCACAAAUAGAUUAUGUGCAACUGACAACAUCUCUUUUAUUUCACCUUAAUAUUGGGACUUUAUCACUACUCAACUCUAUGCGCAACAUUCAAAUUCAUGGGAAAAUCAUCCAAAUUCAUUUCGAAUAUUCUUGUGCAAGUUAAUUUCUCUGUGUGUUGUAUUUUAAAUGAUCUAUUAAACUUACUUGAUUUUAA